AUGAUCUCAACCUCCUGGAUCGAGCCUGAUACCACCACCCGGCCAGUGGCCGUCAUAGGCGGCGGAGUCCUCGGCCGUCGACUAUGCAUGAUGUGGGCCGCAGCAGGACACACCGUGCAACUAUACGAGAAAAGCCCCGAGGUGGCCGUCGCCGCCCUCAAAUACAUCCACGAAGCCCUGCCGCAACAAGCCAGCAAGCUGCUCCUGGGCAAGAAGGCAGGACACGGAAUCGGACACGUAAGCCCCGCCAGCUCGCUCGAGACUGCCGUCCAGAACGCCUGGAUGGUUAUCGAGGCCAUCCCGGAGCUCCUCCCGCUCAAGAUCGAGCUAUUCGGCCAACUGGACCAGCUCGCGCCCGCGGACUGCAUUCUCGCCACCAACUCCUCGUCGUACAAGUCCCGCGAGAUGCUGGAGAAGGUGGCGCGGCGGGCUCGCGUGUGCAACGCGCACUACUACAUGCCGCCGGAGCAGAAUCAUCUCGAGAUCAUGACGUGUGGGUUCACGGAUCCCGCGAUUAUCUCGUUUCUGCUGGAGCAGGCGGCUGCGGCGGGGUUUGUGCCGGUUCAUGCGAAGGUGGAGUCGACGGGGUUGAUUUUCAACCGGAUCUGGGCGGCUAUCAAGCGGGAGGCGCUACUUGUCAUGGAAGAAGGGGUUGCCUCGGCGGAGGAGAUUGAUGACUUGUUCAAGGGUUGGUUCCAAGCUCAGGCUGGACCGUGUGAGAUGAUAGAUCGGGUGGGACUGGACACGGUCUAUAACAUUGAGAAGCAUUAUGUGGAGGAGAGGGGGCUGGAUGGGAAAACCAUUGAGUGGCUGAAGGAGAAUUAUCUAGAUCGAGGGAUUUUGGGACGAAAGUCUGGGAAAGGAUUGUUGACCGAGGAGCGUAACGGGGCACAGCUGGAUAAUGGGAAUGGUCAUACUUUAUGA